GCAUGACAAUGAGAUUUCCGCCGGAAGGACGAAUAAUGCUCUGAACGUAAUAAAACCGUUUGUUACGAAAUGAUAGGAUCUGUCAAACAGGUCAGUUUCGAAUAUCUUUUAAACGACGUCGGUCCAGAGAAAAAUGUUUUUCCUAUCUACUCUCUUUUACUCUGCUUCGAUAUUAAUAUUGACCGAUCAGGCGGAACAGUUUUUCACCGGAACGUACACAGUUAAUACGAUCGAUUGCCCAAGUGAUAAAGAGUGUACAUUUAUUGAUCACUGCCUGGCUGUUUGGAAUUUAAUGAACCAGAAUCAACUUCCGAUUCACAGAUUUCGUCAAGCAAUUUGUGGCUACGAGCGCGCAAAACCGAAAGUCUGCUGCGAUAUAAAUAAUAAUAAUGCGAAUCCAAUUCUUACGCGAAGAGACGGUGUAUUCGCAAGAUCGAAUUCGAUUCCGAAAUGCGGCAGAGCUAUCGCUUAUGGCGAUGUAAAUUCUAGAAAAAUGUACCCUUUCGUCGCUAAGAUUGGUUUCAAAAGUAAUACAGGAGAGAUAGUCUAUCCUUGCAGUGGAGCAAUUCUAAACGAACGGACCGUAUUAACUACUGCGAGUUGCGCUCUCGCCAAAUCUACUCGUUAUAAAUUGGAUUCCGUGCUCGUCGGCGAGCUUGAUGACGAAUCUAUUUCCAAUCCUGACGCGCAAAGACUCGAUAUAUCGUACGUGAUAAAACAUCCUAAUUAUCAGUCGGAAAUAUUCGCGAAUAAUAUAGCGAUGUUGCGCUUGAACGAACCGAUUCGAUAUGCAGCGACUGUACAACCAGUGUGCCUUAUACGAAGAGAGUGGUAUCUAAACACUGGGACAACUUCUGUUCUCGCAGGAUGGGGAAAAACAGCGAGACAAACAACGAAACCUUGUAAGCAACAGGCCUUGACGAUGAAAAUACUAUCAACCGACCAGUGCACUAAUUACUAUGAUCAAGGAUUAUCGGUUGAACUAUGUGCUAUAGGAAAUGAAACGCCCUGCGGAGGAUACAGUGGGAGCCCGCUUUUAUCCAAACACGAGGAUACAUAUUUCUUGUUAGGCCUUCUAUCGUACGGUUCUGACUGCAGCGUUGUUCGUAACUUCCCGUCGGUUUUUGUGGAUGUACAAAAGUACAUAAGAUGGAUCUUUGAAAACUGUUAAACAUUUAAUUUAAGAAUCAAUUAAUUAGACUAAUAAAAUAUCGAUGGUAUAUUUCAAGA